AUGAUUGACGUAAACAUAAGUCCUUUCUAAUCAAAUAGGGAUAGUUCUUUCAUCAUCAUUGUAAUGUUGAUUUUGAUGGCAAAUGCAAGCUACAUGAUGAUGAUUCCUCUCUUUCCCCCAUUAAUAAAAGAAAAGGGGUUCACUGAAGCUGGAAUUGGAAUUAUUAUGUGUUUUUACCCCCUGGGAUGUAUACUAGCUUCUUGGAAGUUGGGUAAAAUGCAUAGUACUAAAAACAUCAUUUUUUAUGGUUUGAUUGGAUAGUUGGUAAUAUCCAUAAUUUUGGGGAUUUCAUAUUAUUUGAAUGGGGCCCUCUUUUUUAUACUCUCAUCAAUUUUAAGAUUCUUUUAAGGCAUUUCAAACACCAUGAUUUAGGUUCCUUCAUAUUCCAUAACUGGACAUUUGUUUUCAGAACAAGUAUCAGAAAAGAUUGCCAAAUUAGAAAUGGCUUGCAACUUUGGUUUAAUUUGUGGCCCUUUGAUAAGCGGUGUUCUAUUUAUUCUAGCAGAUAUAUAUAGCUUUAAUACUUUUCAAUACUCCUUAUAUUUCGUUGCCUUUCUAUACUUUUUCAUAGCUAUUUGUGUUGUCAUGUUUUUAGAUGAGAGGAUAUUCAACUUCAAUCAAGAGCAAUAGGAAGUUUCAAUCAAUUAUUAUGAGGUGUUUAAAAUUCAUGAAUUGAACGUGACUUUUACUUCAUAUUUCUUCCUAGGAGUAACUGCAUAAGCCUUGCGUACUUAUUUGUCUGUUUAAUUAUUGGAAGUUUAUGAACUAGAUGAUGCAAAUUCUUAAUUCCUAUUUAUGAUUUACACUAUUGUAAGCUUUUUUGGAGCUUAUUAUAUAGCCGAAUAGAAAAAGUAUACUUUAAAUUAGCUUUAUACUUACUGUCUUUAUAUUGGAGCUUUGAGUCUUCUACUUUAUGGUCCAACCAUGAUUGGAUUACCAAAGUCUAUUUACAUUAUAUGUUUUGCUGAUAUUAUAAGAGGCAUCGGAAUUGGAUCAGCACCUGCCAUUAUGAUGCCGUUGAUUGUACAAAUUAUGGAGAAGUUUAAACAUAAAGAUUAAGCAGCAGAGGUUGGUUCAACACUUUUAAUUGCAGGAUGGUCAUUAGGAGAUUUGAUUGGGCCUAUUAUAGGAGGAAUAUUUAUAGAUUAGGUUGGCUUUGAUAAGACUAGUGUAAUCAUGAGUGGAGCAUUAUUUGUUAUAGGCUUUGUGUACUAAAAAACCAGUCAUAUCGACUAAGAACAAUCAGGAAUUGAGAUGCAAAUUCUAAUUCAUUGA